ACCCCUUCCUGAAUCUUUGGUUAUGUUUACAUAACACGUGAAGGGGUAAAAACUAAAAUUCUUUCAAAAAUAAAGAACAUGUCUGAAGAUACAGACGUGAAAACAGUUCAAUUCCAUGAGAUGGAAUUGGACGACCGUCUUCUUAAAGCUAUAGCAAAACUGGGAUGGCUACAACCAACCGUAAUUCAAGAAAAAGUAAUUCCCUUAUUGUUAGAAGGAAAAGAUGUUUUAGUAAGGGCCAGGACUGGAUCAGGUAAAACUGCCGCUUUUCUUUUACCAGUAAUACAAAAGCUAUUGAACAUUAAACAGACAGCUGCUCAACAAGAAACUAAAGCAUUGAUCUUAGCCCCCAGUCGAGAAUUGUGCCAUCAAAUAUGUGGUGUAAUAAAAGAUCUAACUACAAAAUGUUCUAGAGAAGUGAGAUAUAUUGAUAUUUCGUUACCAGUCGAUUUGAGUAUACAGAAACCGUUGUUAGUUGAAAAACCAGAUAUAGUUGUCGGAACACCAGGAAGGACGUUGCAGCAUAUAAAGGCAGAUAAUUUAAAUCUUAAAAAGUCACUAGAGUUAGUCGUAAUAGAUGAAGCAGACUUGGUAUUUUCUUUUGGUUAUGAAGAAGAAAUGAAGGAACUCAUUACCCAUUUUCCAAAAAUCUAUCAGGCCAUUUUGGCAUCUGCUACUUUGAGUGAUGAUGUUAAAAGUUUGAAGAAUUCCAUUCUCCACAAUCCGGUUUCCAUUAAGCUUGAGGAACCAGAAUUAGCCCCUUCUAGUCAAUUAACCCAUUACCAUUUAAAUGCUGAAGAAAUGGAUAAAGCUACAAUACUUUACACACUGUUAAAACUGCAUUUGAUAAGAGGAAAGACUAUCAUUUUUGUUAAUUCAGUGGAUAAAUGUUACAAAAUUAAAUUGUUUUUGGAGCAGUUUGGCAUUAGAACUUGUGUUUUGAAUUCUGAGUUGCCUGCUACAAUAAGAUGCCAUUCAGUUAAUCAAUACAACCAAGGAAUCUAUGACAUAAUCAUAGCAUCUGAUGAACAUGCUUUGGAAGAACCAACUAUAGUAUCGAAAAAAGAAGGUGAAAAGAAAACUAAAAGAAGAAAAGACAAAGAGAGUGGUGUUUCCAGAGGAAUAGACUUUCAGCAUGUAGCCAAUAUUAUUAAUUUUGAUUUCCCACUUGAUGUACAAGCCUACAUCCACAGAGCAGGAAGAACAGCUAGAGGUAACAAUCAGGGCAGUGUUUUGUCAUUUGUAAGUAUGAAGGAGAGUCAUUUAAGAGACAAAGUUGAGAAGAAAUUGAAGCAAAAUGAAGACGAUUCAUCGAUAUUUAAGUCCUACCAAUUUAAACUAGAAGAAGUAGAAUCGUUUAGGUAUAGAGCAAAAGAUGCUUGGAGAGCUAUUACUAGAAUCGCAGUACGGGAAGCCAGACUAAAAGAAAUUAAACAAGAAAUAUUUAAUUGUCAAAAACUGAAGAGCUAUUUUGAAGACAAUCCUACAGAUCUUCAAGUUCUUAGACAUGAUAAAAGCUUACAUACUGUUAAAAUUCAACCACAUCUUUUUGAUGUUCCAGAGUAUAUAGUUCCCCCAACUCUAAAAAGUUUAGCAAAUAUUGGUAGAAAAGGUAAGAAAAGAGAUUAUCACAAAAUGUCGGAGAGUUCUAGUGCGAAGUUCCAGAUGAAAAAAUCCAAUCCCUUGUUAAGUAUGCAGUUUGAAGGUUUCAGCAAAAAGAAAAAGAAACAUUAAUUUUGGUUACUAAAUAAAUAUUUUUAAUAAACAAA